CAUGUAUUAUUUUAAUAAUAUUUACUGAUUCUCUAAUGAUAUAGCUAAUACUUUUGUAGAGCGACAGGUUUCUGCGGAACUUAUCUGUCGACGGAUAUGGACAACAUUAUUGUCAAAAUGUUAAUAAUUUUGGUAGGGCACAAAUUUUUAGGAGAAAAAAAUAAAUAUCGCCCUCCAAAUCAGUUAUAUUAUUAUAAAUAUAAUACUACAGUAGAGCAACAGAUUCCUACAGAAAUUCAUGUCACGGAUAUGAGCUACCUUACAAUCAAAAUAUUAAUUGUUUUGGAAAACCACAAACUUCCAGGAAGAUAUAUUAUCGUCAUCCAAGUCAGUCGUCUCGACAUUCAGUCUUUUGCAAUCGUUAGUGUUCAGCAGUUGAACGAUUAAAAUUUGGGAAUUGUUGAGAGUUUAUAACCCCCGUAUUCGUCGACUUCAGAAUAUUAACGACUCUCAGACACGUGACGCAAUUUGAUUAUAUCGCUUUUUGCUCUUCAUCUCAUAAGCAACUGUUGCAAACAAUCCAUAAUCAUAUACAAGGAUGCUUUCCGAAAAUAAUCUCGGCAAAGAUUAUUCCAGCAUAUCUAAACACAAACUACGAUUGCGUGUUUGUAACAACGAAAGAGAUCUUGCCGAAAGUUUACGUAGCAUGGCUGUAUAUCUUAUUCACGUUUUUAUCGACAGAAGUCAGAAGACCAUGAUGAAUCAUCCACUUGUGAAUAUAAGUAGAAUUAAGAAAUUCCAAGAUUUAUGUAACGAAGAUAUUGUAGGCAGACAUUUUCCCAUCACUCACGUCAGAAAUGAAUUUAAUUUUGUUUUUGAGCUGUACCAUGUAAUUGUAAAUAGUUCGAUCACCAAUUCAAAUAUCAGAAGGUACUGUCUGCCGAUUUUUAUUAUUCUCGGUCUUUUAGGAAACUGUUUGUCCGCUAUUGUGCACUUUCGGAAAAAGAUGCGUUCUUUCUCGUCCAACAUCUACUUGGGCAUAUUAGCAAUUAGCGACAUCGUCCACUCGAUGAUAUCACUCAUUGAUUGGCUCCACAUAAUGGAUAUAAAACCAAUAAGAAAUUAUUUGUAUUGCUUAAUUAUUUUCUUGGAAUUUCUGCUCUACUUUUCGGAGUUUUUGAGUGUGUGGCUUAUAGUAGCCUUUACCAUCGAGAGAUUUAUAGUGACAAAGUAUCCGCUUCUACGUCGAUCCUGGUGCACUGUCAAACGAGCAAAAAUCGUAGUAAUCACGCUGAUGGGACUAGCGAUUUUGCGCAGCAUUCUACUUAUUUUUUCUCUUUAUAAGACUAUGCACUAUGAAUUAUAUAAAAGAAACAGCAAUAUGUAUAAUGUGUACAAAAGUGUAAUACUUGGCAAACAGUAUGGAUUUCUAUACACAAAGCACAUUAUAGAUUCUAUUAUAAUAUUUACUCUACCUGCUCUCGUGAUAGUAAUCUGUAAUACUCUGAUAGGAUACCAUAUUUACCAGCAAAAUCGUGAUCGCAAAACCUUAAUUACAGCGUCUGAUUCUUCUAAUGGGAGAAUUCAGAUUUUUAAUGAUAAAAUACUUCUGCAUAGGAUCACAAUAAUGCUUAUUCUCGUUUCGAGCAUAUAUGUAAUUUUUAAAUUCCUACAUAUUAUAUUCUUCACAUUUUUAAUUACAUGUCUAAUGUCAAUGCACCAUUUAUAAAAACAAUAUUCGACUUAUUAGACACAGCAUAUUACAGUAUAAAUUUUGUUCUCUACUGCGCAACUGGAAAAACUUUUCGCAGAGAACUAAUCCGUAUGUUUACGAAACGUACAAAUAAAAAAGAACAGAAAUAUCAUCAGGAUGUACAAUUAGAAGUAACAGUAUGAUUGAUGCCCAAUUAUGCAGUCAUAAUAAGCUUGCAAGUUUACGUCCAAUCGCACUUUAAACAAAACAAUGUAUUUGGUAACAACACACAACUGAAAGUGUCUCACGAGAAGCUAACACUCCUAAUGUACACGAGAAAUUAUAAUAUACAUUUAACUUUAUAAAAAUAUAAUUAAUUAAAUAGAUAAAAUAUAAUUAAUUAAAUAAGAUUGUUAACAUGCAGAUAUAUGUAGUAUGUACAAUAUUUUGGCGUACCAUAAAAAAAUU